GGCACCAUCAUAACUGCCUCCUGCGCGGCAAUGACCGACGCUCGCCGACCCACGACGACGCUAUGACCAACCGCCGCGUCGCGCUAUUUUGCGCCCUUUACGCGCUUUACACCGGUAUCAUCGCAAUACAUCAAGAAGAUGACGUUACCGAAGAUCCAGAUGAAGACGACUCUUCUUACUAUUCAACGACAACAUCAACUCAUUUCUACUUCGGAAUUUUUGGUAUCAAUUCGUCAACACAUCAUCAUCCCUACAGUAAUUUGACGCACAAUGUCACGCAUCCUUUUCACGUUAAAGAUCCUCUAUUUCCCGAGGAUCUCUUCACGUUGGAGCAAAGACGUCGUGGUGCGAUUUUCCUCCACGUACUCGGUGUUAUCUAUAUGUUCGUCGCUUUGGCGAUUGUUUGCGAUGAGUUUUUUGUACCUGCAUUGGAUGUCAUCAUUGAAAAACUAGAUAUACAAGAUGACGUAGCUGGAGCUACGUUUAUGGCGGCUGGAGGUUCAGCACCUGAACUUUUUACCAGCGUCAUAGGCGUGUUCGUUUCGUUUGAUGAUGUCGGUAUCGGUACAAUUGUUGGUUCGGCGGUCUUUAACAUCCUCUUCGUGAUCGGAAUGUGCGCGCUCUUCUCGAAGACCGUUUUGACGCUUACGUGGUGGCCCCUAUUCAGGGAUUGUUUUUUCUAUUCGGCCAGUCUGGUCACGCUCAUCUACUUCUUUAGGGACAGUUUCAUCGCAUGGUAUGAAGCAUUAGUACUCUUUUGCUUUUAUAUUGCCUACGUCAGCUUUAUGAAGUGGAAUCAACCGAUGGAACGAUGGGUUAAGAAGAUUCUUAAUAAGAAUAAAGUUACCAGAGUGCGAAGUACAGACCAACUUAUGCCUACGCACCAAGCUGCUGCACAAACUUUGCAUGGAACUGUUGCGACAUCUAGUGAGACAAGUGUUGGAACACAACCCGGUGGAAGCGUUACAUCACGAACAGCAUCGGAAACGCCUCAGGUGCCGACCUCAGGUGGUCAUCAUCAUACCGGUGCAAAAUUCAGACACGGACUUCUUCAGCUGAUGAUUCACACCAUCGAUCCGCUUCACGAUGGUCAGUAUGAAGGUAAAGUGGAUGAGAAAGCAACGCAAUUACACGCGAUAGCAUCAUUGAAGGUGCUUCUUGACGCGACGAAGCCCCAAAAUGGGGCCGCGACGAGUUCUGCGGCGAAUCACGUCGCUACAGCCAAACAGGAAACUAUGCUCGCUCCAAGUAGCAUAGCGGAAAUGCCAAAUGGCGUGGCUGCCAAUCUUACUGAAGGCAUCAAUAUGGACACGCGAUUUCCGUGGAAACCCGAAACAAUCGUGGGCGAUGCCGAAGAGGAAACCCCCGAAGCGCUCGACAUGAGCUGGCCGUCCGGCCUCCGAAAAAGGAUAACAUACGUCCUGUUAGCGCCUAUUGUCUUCCCGUUGUGGCUCACUUUACCGGACACACGCUCACCUAGAGGUAGGAAUAAGUAA